ACAUCAGAGUUUGGACUGCGCGCUGACAGAAUAACGGGUCGUCUAUCUAUCGACUCUGCCCGUAUCCAGCGUAAAAAUUUUAUUCAGAACGCCGGCAGUGGUUGUGUCAAUACAGUGUUGUUGUUGUUUGUUGUAUUUGAAUGAGGUAUUCCACUAUGUCCAGAUGUUCAAAAGCUACUCGCCAGUUGUUGAGAACAACAUCGUUUCGUGUUCUCGCCUUUUUUCUGCUAGCAGCCCUUGGAGCACUUGUGUUUGCCGAGGUGGAGCGUCCCAGCGCUAAGAGCAGAUUGAAAUCCAAAGAUGAAAAACUCGCAAGUCUUCAAAAUGAAAUGGAAACCGAGUAUAACAUAACUCAAGAAGAAUUUGAAAGGUUUGUUAAUUUAUCCAGUGAGGCUCUUAGUCUGGAUGGGCCCGCGUGGAACUAUUUUGACGGGCUGCAGUACACCUUUGAGACACUAACCACUAUAGGUUAUGGCGCCAUUUCUCCUUCCACCAGACUUGGCCAGGCAUUGUGCAUAGUAUUUGCAGUUCUGGGCAUUCCUGUUACAAUCCUGGCAUUUAAAUCUGUUGGUGAGCUUAUCAGGAUCGGGAUCAGUUCUGCCAUCGCAUCUGUUGAAACCAAAUGCUGCAGACGAGAACCGAAUCACGUUGAAGUAAAGUGUGCAAUCGCCACAUUCUUGCUUAUGGUAAUAAUGCUACUUUCAGGAGCCGCAAUGCAAUCGAAUUUUGAUGACUGGUCAUAUCUGGAAGCAUGUUACUUUUGGGUCGUCACUUUUACUACCAUCGGGUACGGUGAUUACAUAGCAGGAUACGAAACCUCCAAAAAGGGCACCGGAAAACCAAAAGUCAUAGUUAUUAGGUCUCUAAACCUCGCGUUUCACAUCGCCUGGACCACGAUCGGCCUAUGCGUGUUUUCUAGCGUGCUCAACGCCGCAGCCGCAUUUAUCGAGAAGCGUGCACCCGCUGAACGGCGAUGGGGGAAGCGCAGAUGCUGCUGCUGUGCUGGCGAACAAGAAUCAGAGUUUGAAAAAGGUGACACACUGGAAAAAGACAUCUACCGACCCAGUACUAACGGUCGUGUACGUGACAAGGUACAACGUCGAGACAAUUACAACUGCAUGACUUAUGUGUAACAUGGUAGACUACUUCGCUUCAUCAAGAGUCUCCGUUCCAUUUGGCCAGCGGACGUGUUUCGUCAAGCCUGCGCAUUAAAUAACAUGCAAAUAAAAGGUACAGGAAUGAUUGGUGCAUUAAGGCAAUUUUUAAGCUGUGUAAUUCUGCGGAAGAAAAUAUGGCGAAAGAAAAAGCUUUAGUUUUUCUGAAUUAAAUUUCGUGGUCGAGUUAAAGUAAACUUCAGAAGGGAAGAUCUGCGCAAGGUUGUUCGUGGCGCGAAAGUUAAUUUUUGCAACGACUUCCCUGUAGGACAGUCGACUUUUGUGAACCGCCAUUGCUUAACAUUUUAGAACAAAUAAAGGUACAGGGUGCAUAAAAAGCGACUCGCUCAC